GUCACUACUGUGCGCCGGAAACCUGUUUUCACAGCUCUUCCCUCAGUUUCUGCAUCUUCUCGGGUGCCACCCUAAAGUCCCGGGGUAUGAGCCGGAAGAGACAUCGCCUGGUCCCGGAGACUUUUGCAUUGAAAAAACGGCGGGAGCGAGGGCCAGUAGAAGCGGAUCCUUUGAGGGGCGAGUCAGGGUCUGCGCGCGCGGCGGUUGAGGAGCUAGUGCAGCUGUUCCCUAGAGGUCUGUUCGAGGAUGCGCUGCCGCCCAUCGCGCUGAGGAGCCAAGUCUACAGCCUCCUGCCGGACCGGACCGUGGCUGACCGGCAGCUGAAGGAGCUUCAAGAGCAGGGAGAAAUCAGAAUCAUCCAGCUGGGCUUUGACUUGGAUGCCCAUGGAAUUGUCUUCACUGAGGACUACAGGACCAGAGUCCUCAAGGCCUGUGAUGGCCGACCAUAUGCUGGGGCAGUACAGAAGUUUCUGGCCUCAGUGCUUCCAGCUUGUGGGGAUCUUAGUUUCCAGCAGGAACAAAUGACACAGACCUUUGGCUUCAGGGAUCCAGAGAUCACGCACCUGGUAAAGGCUGGAGUCUUCACUGUCCGUGAUGCUGGGAGCUGGUGGCUAGCUGUACCUGGAGCUGGAAGAUUCAUCAAGUACUUUGUUAAAGGACGCCAGGCGGUCCUUGGCAUGGUCCGAAAGGCCAAGUACCGGGAGCUUCUCCUGUCAGAGCUCUUGAGUCGGCGGGCACCUGCCACAGUGCGACUUGGCCUCUCAUACCAUGUACAUGACCUCAUUGGAGCCCAGCUAGUGGACUGUGUCUCCACCACUUCUGGAACCAUCCUUCGCCUGCCAGAAACGUGAGGAUUCUGCGUGUUUUUGCUUACCUCUCAGAGCGGGCUAGAGGGUCCUGGGGAUUCUGCCCAGCAAUGACUGAUCCAUGGUCACCUUGGGAAGGCCUGAGAGCCAUGAUGAAUGCUGGGUUUGUGCAUGCUGCUGCAAGCCUGGGUUCUUUCUUGUGGUGGGCUUUAGGCAAUGUUUCUCUGCCCUUCCAUGAAUCUGGAGCCAGAAACUGUGCCAGGGCCACCUUGUCCACUGCCUGUCGUAAAAGAAGGUGCUGUUUUUCUGUGUUGGGACCGGAAGGUGGGGAGGCUGGGGAAAGAGACAAGGUCCUGUGCUCUAUAUGUUGGAUUGAAAUUGCCAAAUAAAAGACUUCUGCUUUCUGAUA